GGGAGAUCGGCGGCUGGGGGGGACACACAGCUGCUACUAUAGCAGCUUGUCAGGUAACCAAGUUUGGCUUUGACCGGUUUUGUCCCGAGCAACCAGGCCUCUGAGCCUCGGCCUGGAGUUGCGGCUUCCCCUUGGUAGCAGAUAAUGGACCCGGCUUGACACGGAAGUAGAGACAGCCCGGGUGAGAGAUGUUAAGAUGCCAGCAAAGAAGAAACCAGUUCUGCCUGCCCUGAACAUAGCACCAACAAUUGCCGAAGGUCCUUCACCAGUAAAUGAUGGAUCAUCUGAGGCAAACCUUGUAGACCUCCAAAAGAAAUUAGAGGAGUUGGACCUUGAUGAUCAACAGAAAAAGCGUCUGGAAGCAUUUCUUACACAAAAAGCAAAGGUGGGAGAACUGAAAGAUGAUGACUUUGAACGAAUCUGUGAACUUGGGGCAGGAAAUGGAGGUGUCGUCACCAAAGUUCGGCAUCGGCCAUCUGGCCUCAUCAUGGCACGCAAGCUAAUCCAUCUAGAGAUCAAGCCUGCAAUCCGGAAUCAGAUUAUUAGAGAGCUACAAGUUCUACAUGAGUGUAAUUCACCUUAUAUUGUUGGCUUUUAUGGUGCUUUUUACAGUGAUGGAGAGAUUAGUAUCUGCAUGGAACACAUGGAUGGUGGAUCUCUGGACCAAGUCCUUAAAGAAGCCCGCCGCAUACCGGAGGAUAUUCUAGGCAAAGUCAGCAUUGCAGUACUUCGGGGACUGGCUUACCUGAGAGAGAAGCAUCAGAUCAUGCACAGAGAUGUGAAACCCUCCAACAUUCUAGUGAAUUCACGGGGAGAGAUCAAAUUGUGUGACUUUGGCGUCAGUGGGCAACUUAUUGACUCCAUGGCUAACUCCUUCGUGGGGACCAGAUCAUAUAUGUCUCCAGAACGGUUGCAAGGCACUCAUUACUCUGUACAAUCGGACAUCUGGAGCAUGGGUUUGUCAUUGGUAGAACUAUCCAUAGGAAGAUACCCUAUACCGCCACCUGAUAGCAAAGAGCUGGAAGCCAUUUUUGGGCGACCAGUACUGGAUGGAGCUGAGGGUGAACCUCACAGUAUCUCUCCUCGUCCAAGACCCCCAGGAAGACCUAUCAGUGGUCAUUGUAUGGACAGCCGGCCGGCUAUGGCUAUAUUUGAGCUGUUGGAUUAUAUUGUAAAUGAGCCUCCUCCUAAGCUCCCAUCUGGAGUCUUCACACCAGACUUCCAAGAGUUUGUACAUAAAUGUCUGAUAAAGAAUCCAGCUGAACGAGCGGACCUGAAAAUGCUGAUGACACAUACAUUUAUAAAACGUGCUGAAAUCCAGGAAGUUGACUUUGCUGGCUGGUUGUGCAAAACUUUGGGUCUUCGUCAGCCAAGUACCCCAACUCGCACCACCAUCUAAUACUCAAUUCCUUUUUUGACAUUUGCCACUCAUUCAUCUAUUUGUAUGACCACUUCGCCCCUCUGUUCUUUAUGUGCUCAUUCUGUAGGGGAACUUUAAGAUCUAAAGUGAUUAUGAAGGGGGAAUGUGGAGCAUGGAACAUGGAAAGUCUUUUUGACACAUUGCUCUGCUUUUAUCAAACUAGCUCUCUAUGCUUGUGUAUAUAUUUAUCUUUCCACAUUGAUCUUCCAGUCAUGGCUUCCUGUGCACACCAUGCUUUCCAACAGAGGUGCAUCAGAAUUGGGCACUGUGGAUCAACUUUAAGCAAUCUGUUGCUGGAUCAGCAUUAAGACCUUAGGACUAUAAGUUGGCAUCUAAACAAAUAUGCAGCCUUUUGUGUUUCUCCCCAUCAACAAAAUUGCUACUUCAAGAGAGUAGUCUGAAUCCCCAGAAAAAGUUUCUUAAAUGUCCUGAGAUUAAAAUGAACUCCUUUCAAAUGUAACAACCUCAAUAUGCACCAAUGAGAUCUCCCCCUUCUUCAGUGCAGGUACAUAUCACUUUAUUUCACUGGUUGUCUAAGUAACAAAUAAAUUUAAUAAUAAUAUGA